CCACGAUUAACUUCAUAAAAGUUUAUGAAAAACACCCAGUGUUGUGGGAUGCUGCCCACUGUUUAUAUAAAGUGAAACCAAAAAGAACUGAAGCGUGGGAUUCAAUCGCAACGGAACUUAAUGUAGUCGUGGCUGAAUUGAAAAAGAAAAUGAACAGUUUGUUAGCUACAUACCGGAAAGUGCGCCAGAAGCUUCCUGCUGCCGGUAAAUCAGGAUCUGGAGCUGACGAAGUGGACGCCCCAGACUGGUUUGCAUACAAAGCCUUCGCAUUUCUUCGCAACAGAUAUCAACCUCGGCGGACAAUCAACACAGAAGAUGGAGGAGAAGCGUCUGAUUCCCAACUUAAAGAGGCUGCGAGCAUGUGUAGUGAUGAAAGUGAUCUUGUUAGUAACCAAGAAACAGAUCAUGCACAAACACAAGUCAGCAAAGCACCACCUACACGAAACGAAAACAAGAUAUUUGUUUCACCAAGAAAAAAUCCACGAAAAAGUGCUAACACUGAAUAUCCCCGAAUAGGAGAGGCGUACACUGCUGUACAAACCGCUAUUGCUAAAAAAAAGAGACGAAUUCGACGCCUAUGGAGAGUACAUAGAGAAUGUUCUGCGAUCAAUGGAUAAACCAACACGUGCUUUUGUUAAAAAAAAAGUUCUCAGACAUAAUUUUCAAAGCAGAAAGCGGCAUUUAUACAUCCCCUUCUGCAAUAACACAAUCAUCUGGAACCUCGUGCGACUAUUCAAGGUGAAGCUGAAGCAAUAGCAACUAUAGUUACUCGUCGUUCAUGCCAUCUCCUCCACAACCAAUCGCUAUCAGCACUCAACAUGCAGUUAAAUUCUCAACAGACAUCUGUUUCUGCUCCAGACGGUAUGAGACAUGCCAGGUCACAGUUGCUCGAUUUCUUUCAUUUCGAAUGAAUUCUUUCGUUCAAAUUUUCAUUUGUUUCUCUCAUUUGACUGUUAACUUUUUCUGCUUUGUAUGUUUUGAAAUCCUAUUGUAAUUUCUGUCGUUGAUAUCGCUGAAUAUUUUGUAAUUAUUUUUAUGGCUUCGACCACAAUAUGAAUAAAGAAUA